UCAACUAAGAUCCUGUUUCGAGAAAAACAAUCCGCCAAGAAAGUGAGGACAAUUUUUCCCUCUAGGGGCGGUGUUGCUUUUUUUCCUCUGCUGUGCACCGCUAUUUGCAGCAGUAGAAGAAGUCAAGAUGGCCGCCGCUACCAUGAAGGGACCCGUGGCGGUUGAAGACGUGACUGUGACUUUUGAAGACCAGGAGAAGAUCAACAAAUUCGCCAGGAAUACGAGCCGGAUGACGGAGCUAAACAAUGAAAUCGAAUCAAAGAAAAAAACGCUGCAGAACUUGCAGGAUGCCAGCGAUGACCUAAUGAUGUUGGAUGAUGACUCUCUACUAAUCCCUUAUCAAAUUGGCGGCGUCUUUAUCAGCCACUCCCAAGAAGAAACACAAGAGUUGCUAGAGGCUGCCAAAGAAACUCUGGAGAAGGAGGUCAAAGGCCUCGAGGAGCGAGUGUCGGCGAUACAGCAGGUGUUAGGCGAUCUGAAAAUCCAGCUGUACGCCAAGUUUGGUAACAACAUUAACCUGGAGGCCGAUGAAAGCUAGGCAGAGAAAUGGAUUUUGACAGCUGCCUCAAAGGGGACUCACACACAGCUCCUGAUUCACAUCCACAUCGUGGCAACAAAAUGGAUACUUAGUAGCUUUGGGUCUUUGUUUACACACAAUAUAUGUCUGUAUAUGUUUUUUCUUUUUUAAUUUACAUGGACAGUGAUGGUAUGGAUUUGGUGGUUAAAUAAAUGCCUUUAAGUUAAUGUUUUACACCCCUGCUUUAUUUUAGUCAUGUUUGUUUUUGAUACACUAAAUUAAAAUAAAAAAGGAGCAAAUUGCGAGCAGUGACUGAUUGAAAAUUAAAUGGAAAAACACAGAUUUGUUUCACAUGAAAAAGAUUACCAUAAAACACUAUUAAACAUUUCAGUGAGUUAUCUCUAAAUAAAUAAGAAGCUAAUGCGUUUGAAGUCGCGAGAAGUUCAGAAAGAAACUAAAUUGCAGACAGAGCAAAUACAGACUUCAACAACAUAUGUUAAAAGACUACCCAUGAAACUCACAUUACUUGCUGGAAUUUUCAUGUAUUUACAGAAGCUCAAGUUGUCAUCUCCUCCCACAGCGUGUUUGUGCUUCAUUAUUUGUGCAGCAGCACAUUAUAAAACCCAGAUCUGAACCAGGGCACAAUUAAAAUGCACAAAUAAGAGGUUUCCUGUUUACUAAAAUGUCUUCUCGUGCUUUUGUUUCCAACUCAGAGGUGGAGCACCCGUGUUCAGUUUGGUUUUCCUGACCGUUUCGUGCCAUUCUCUGUCCGUACAAAGGCCGAGCACCUAUCAGCUUUGCGGCAUACCGUCUUAAACCGAGCAAACGGCGUCCCUAAAUGGAUCAGAAUCCACCUGGCUGCCUUUCUCAUAUCAUCAGUAAUCCGGUUAGAAGCCAUGCAUGCCCAAAUCAUCACAGUGGCCCCACACAUCUUUUAGCUGAUGUGUGCUUUCGAACAUGGACAUAUCUAUAUACAUAGAGUG